AUGCGAUGGCUGGGACAUGUAAUACGCAAGGAAGGUGGCCGCACACCGAAGGACCUCUUAUCUGGAAAACUGGCAUCAGACAAGAGGCCCACCGGAACACCCCAGCUGCGUCUCAAGGACGCCUGCAAACGCGACCUCAAACCGCUGAACAUCGACAUUAACACUUGGGAGGCACCAGAUUGCGGACAGAUUAGCCUAGAGAGGCAAAUUAUGGAAAGGACUCCAGGAAUUCGAGGGCGAACGGAUGAGGCAAACGAGGAAAAAGAGACUUCGGAGGAACUCUCGACCACUGACAGUCGCAACCCCUUCGGCGUUUAUCUGCACUCGAUGGGGUUGGGUCUACCAUUCUCGGCGCCAGCGAGCGACGGUGUCCAGGUGUACCGUCGGUGUCUGUACUGCGGCAACGGGGAGGCGGACGUCCAGCUGGUGACCCAAGACUUGGACAUCAUCUCCAGUACUCCACAACUUAACGGUCUUUUCCCGGACCAGUUCAAGGAUUUCAUGGGUCACAACUUCCAUGUAGUGUCGGUACCGUACUUCCCUUACGUAGACUACCAGGAUACUAAUGUGUCGGGAGACACGAUAACCCUGGUCGACUCAUUGGACGCCCGCCUACUGGACACUUUCUCUCCCAAAUUGAACUUCACCUACGAGACGAGAGUGGGGGCGGAAAGGGCGUGGGGCCGAGAGGACGGAGGGAGGUUCAACGGGAUGAUGGGUCAGCUGCAGCGGGAAGACGCCGACUUCUGCACCAUGGCGUCCAUGACCACACAGCGCCUCACCGUCAUGCAGCUCGCCAGAGCCUAUGACUCCGAUAUUCUGACUUUAAUAUCCCUCAAGCCCGCGCUGCUUCCUGAAUACCUGUCCUUCGUACGACCAUUUACAGGAGAGCUGUGGGCGACGCUGAUGGUGAGCGUGAUGGUGUGGAGCACCAUACUGUGGCUGCUGCGGAGGGCGUGGCAGUGGGUGGCAGGAGGGCGUGUGGACACCUUCACCGACUCCUUCAUGUACGGAUGGGGCGCCCUUCUGGGCCAGCCGCCUCCCAGGAUCUCAUUCACCAAUUCAGGAAAAGUGCUGGUGGGAGGAUGGUUGGUGUUCUGUCUGGUCAUUACAACAGGCUACAGCUCCUCCUUGGUGGCACACCUCACCAUCCAGAGCAAGACUCACCCCUUAGACACUUUUGAAGACAUGGUUACACGACCUGGCUGGAAAUGGGGCAUCGAGACAUGGAUACUCAAAGGCGUGCCCUAUGAAUACUUGUCCAAGCACACAAGCCCCGUCGUGAAGAAAGUCUACAAGGAAAUGGAGGUGCUGGAGCUGGACCAUGGGCUGACCAAGGUGCAGGCUGGUAGGUACGCCUACAUCAGCAUGAAGAACCACUUGACUGUAGUGGUUCCUUCACUCUACGCUGACGCCAGAGGGCAGAUUCCCUUCUACAUCAGCCAGAGUGGAGUCUACUCCCUGCCGGACUAUGGUUGGGGAUUCAGAAAGGGAGCACCAUUCUACACCAGGUUCAGUACCCUAAUGGCCCGGCUGGUGAACACUGGGAUAAUGGGCGUCUGGACCAACGAUGUAAUAGCCAAGAAGAUCAGACAGACGAGGGCAGGAGCGUCUUCGGCCACCCUGGCAGGACAGGACACUCCCAAGGCCGGUUUAUAUCUUAAGUCAACUGUUGAGAUAUCUUUUAAAAGUAAUGUUAAUGCAUUUGGACAUUAA